AAUGAUAUUUAAAUUUAAUAUUGUUAUUCAUAACCAAAUUAUCUUUAUUUACAUGUAAAAUUGUUAUUAAAAACAAAAAUGGAAAUCCAGGUAUUCCAUAUGAAAAAUAAACUGCGACAUAGUGAUCUUUCCAGAACAUCAUACAGUAUACGCCCAUUUUCAUCAACUACAUUUAGAUACUUUUUUGGAAACCGUUAUAAAAGAAAACUUUAUUUAGUUUGUAUCAACACUUUAGUUAUUUUGUGUGCUCUUUUGUAUCUCAUUUUUACAAUGUCAUCUUCCCAAGCUGGAAAGACCAAAAGUGGGAGAAGUGUCAUGUUCACUCAUUGGCAAAAUUGUAUUUUGGUCGAAGCUGUUAUCGAACACUACGAUGAAAUCAUUGGGUACCAAGCCAGAACUGUAAACCCACAGAGAAAGAGAACAAUUUGGACACAAAUCAGUAAAUCUGUUUCAGCUGAAGGAAGUUUUCCUAAGGAUGUGCGGGCUUGUCGGAAGAGAGUAACUGAUAUUAGAAAAAACAUAAAGAAAAAGGUUUGCAGGGAAAAGCAAUCUGCCAAAGGAACCGGUGGAGGCCCUGGAUAUAGGGCCGAAUUAACGGACUUUGAACAGAUGCUUUAUGCAAGGAUGGGUGAUGCCGUUGUGGUUGGCCUGGAUGUCCCAGCAGACACUAUGGAUUUUAGAGAGCAAGAAGAUGAGGGACGUCAGGAAGAGGAGAUUGAUGCACAAGAGGAUCAACCUUUGGAAAAUGAAUUCACCUCACAAGACCAAGAACCCUCCACAUCCACAGUACAAAGAGAAGAAGGGGAGAGUGUUCGUGCUUUACUACAAUCCAUGCAGGACAAUUCUAUAUUAUUAUUCGAGGGUAGGUUGUCUUCUAAUUGUCAUGUUAAUUUUUUGUUUUUUUAUGAAUGUAACCUAUUAAUAAUACAUAUUUUCCAUGUCAUACAGAAGAUCAGGUUGAAAUCAAUUUGGAACCUCUGGUUGAGGAUUCUGUAUGUCCAGAAGAUGAGGAUGAGACUCAGGUUGAGGGACAAACAUCAGAGGGACCAACACCACCAAAUCUAGAAACUCCUCAGAAUAUCAUGGUCAAUGACUCUGAAGAAGAUGAAAGACCAGAACAAUUGAUAAACCCAGAAGAUGUCACAGGCAGGGGAAAUGAUAUACAAAACAUCACAGACAUGGC